CUAUACGUUUUAGGCUAUACAGUCGAAGUCUGAAGUAUACACAAUAUACAGCCACAGAAAAUUGCCAGUGAAACGUUUAUACUUCCAAAGGAAAAUGCAAAAUUCUUUGUUAUCUGCCAGCCAGUUAUCAAGAUUCUGCUUGAGGCUCAAGCAGGCAAGAUGCGCUCGAUGCAUCCACACCGCUACCAGGAGAUGGGCAGAGGAUGAUGGGAAUGAUGACCUGGGGUCAACGUCGGACAGCAGAGGGAAGAAGAAAUCUGCCGUGGCAGCCAGUGACCUGCUUAAUGCGCUUUCAGAUCUCAGAGUCCAGACGACUGGGGAUAAACAGACCUCUCUGAACAGGCGGAAAAAAGUCUCGGCUGCUGCCAACUUCCAGAGAAUCGUAGCCAGGGCCGAGCAGAGGAGAGACGGUGCGGAAGGAGAGGGAGAGGGAGAGGGAGAAGGAGAAGUAGAGGCCAAAGGAAUUGUAGCAGAGGAAGAGAAAUUACCAGGACUCGAAGAAAUCCAAGAAAUGACGAUGGAGGCAGCCAAGAAGGUGGCCGAGGUCUACCCAGAGAGGGAGCUAGUCGAGUCGGACCUAUUGAAAGAGCUUCGGAGACACGACGAGGCGACGGCCGCAGGAGAGAGGGGUGAACCUGAAGGAAUCGAUUCGGUCCUGUCAGGAAUCCGGGUACAGCGACAGACCAGCCUGGAGAAACGACAGGAGGGCCGGGAUGUGAUGUCGUCCAAGGGUGGUCAGCAAGGAAUAGCCGACCAGUUUGACCCGAACUACUCAUCAGAUGGCUCGAUGCGGCCAGAGUUUGAUGACAACAUGGACAGGAGAAGGAUGGGUCGAGGUGAACCCUACCAGAGACAACGCAAGAGGACCCUGUUUGACCGUCAGCGUCUGAAUAUUUUUAGUCCAGCCACUGAAACAGAUGUCUCGGAGGUGAAGGAGGAGGGGACGUCCAUCUGGGAGCGAGAGCUUGACAAGCAGUUGAGGGAGCUAUCCUACUCAACGAUGCACAAUGGUUUCGAGGAAGCCAUGAAACUAACGGAAGAAGGCAAGAUCUGGAAGUACCCCAUCGAUAACGAGCAGGGGAUGGAGAAGGAGAGGAAGGUGGCCUUCCACGAGCACAUCUUCCUAGACCAUCUCCUGGAAGACUUUCCUCGGCGAGCCCAGGUCCUGGACUUCAUGGAACUGGUCCUAAUCGGUCUCUCCAAGAACCCGUUCCUCACCGUGGCCCAGAAGCACGACCACGUCGCCUGGUUCCGAGACUACUUCUGGCAGAAGGAGGAGAUCUUCCUGAAGCUGGAGAAAGAGGAGAAAGUCAGCGUCGGUUAAAUCCCAGUAACUUAGAGAUGGAGGGGUCAGUGACACAAAGACUCCAUUUUGGCCAUUUUGAGAAAAAGUGUUUCAUGUGUCACUGAGCACUUGGACCUUAAGGAGUUAAAUCUAUGUUUCA